GCGACCAAGUUUGAUUACGGCGUGGAAUUUCUUGGGUCAGACACUGCCGACCAGCCCAGACGAUCCAAGCCGACUAUCCGACACUUUAUGGGCUCCACUGAUGAGGUGGGAGAGGACAAGAGUCAUUUGGCAUUGGUGGUGGAACCUUUGAUAGACAAAAUGUUGGAGUUGUAUCGAGAAGGCAUGCUCUGCGAGCACAAAGCCAGCAGAACGCAUGGCCACUCACAGCCGCCUCAGACCAGAGUUGAAAUGCAGGUAUACUGA